UGAAUUUUGAUCAAGAAAGUGUUACUGUACUCUGUAGUCGCAUUUAAAAUAUAAACCAUAGAUAAGUAUAUAAACUGAAGACCUAAAAAUUAUCGUAAAAGUUCAUAUGCUUUUUUUGUAUUUAACGUAUUUUAGUUGUUUUCUCAAGUGAAACAUUUGGUGCAAUCAGUUUUAUUUUAAAUUAAAGUUGGUAACCAUGUUGUACCGUGUGCAUGCUUCAUACCAUAGAUUACAAAUAACGAUAUGCGAGUAAUGGAAUUAAGUAUCAUCUGAAUGUUGCUGCUGUUAUUACCAUGCAAAGCCUGGCGGCUGCUAAUGAGGAAGUCGCAAGAAUAUUGUUACAUCUUGGCCGUUCAUGUAUCCAACAUAAAAGCUUAGAGAGUUCAGAGGACGAAGAAGAAGAAGAAGAAGAGGAGGAAGAAAAGGAAAAAGAGGAAAGCUCAGAGGAAGUAAAAAAGGAAAAAGAGAAUAACGAAACUCAAAAAGUUAAUCGAAAAAAGAAAAACUUAUUAGAGAAGUUAUAUUCAUCAUAUAACCAAAGAUUAGUUGAUUUCGUAAGCUCUUCUCAAUGGCCUGAUUAUCAAUUGUCUCCUUCAAGUUUAUUGGAUGGUUUAUUCGAUACGUCAUUUGAAGGCCAUCCAAAUGUUCUAAUUAUAACAUUGUAUUCUGUUGAUAUUGGUUAUUCAAUUAAAAUGACUGUUGACGAUAAUAAUUCACCUAUAGAAACAUAUUUUAAUUAUGAACAAGAUUCAAUUUUGGAAUAUAUUAAAAAUGAAGAAAUUCCACCACAUCUUUUAGAUUUGUUAGAAAAAGCUAAACCACCUUUAUUUUACUGUGGGUGUGUUAUAGCAGAGAUUCAUGACAAGAAAACUGAUCAGCAGAUGAUAUCCCGUAUUCUGUUACGCCCUUCUAACAUGUCUGUUUUGAGCGAUUUGAAUCAAUUACUGGCUUACAGUAAUACCCUCAAUUGGUCCUAUGAAGAAAAGAUCAAAUUAGAAAGCUUGUUGAUGUUAGCAUCUCAACCAGAACUAUGUAUCGAUUCAACACCUAGUGUUGGCCAAGCAGUAAGACUAUUAUACGAUAUGUAUGCAUUACGGCGAAAAGAAUUGAAUCCAUUGAAAAACAAUCAACAAAUUACAUAUAACAUAUUUGAUUCUGGUUCCAUUAGAGAGAUAUAUCAUAAGUCAUCAAAUUCCUUUUUUAAUGAUGUGCAAAAAAAUUCUAAUUUAGCGAAAUCUGCAAACUGUAAUAGUAAUGUAAAUAUGAAUUGUCAUUUGAUGUGGGAGUUUGAUUUUCGACUGGAUUCAGUAACACUUAUUAAAUUAUCUAUUUUGGUUGUAGUAAAAACUCAAGAAUAUUCUUUAUUGUUAAAUUUUAUUUCUGAAGUUAAUUCAGUUUUGAGGUUCAAAAUAAAUCUGAAGACGAAUAAUUUAAAAGCUUACAUAAGUAUAAUAUUAGAAAUAUUAAAGGAAAAAGUAGAUUCAAGAAUAUCAGUUGUCCGUACAUAUAAAAGUGGAUCAAAACCAAGUUAUGUGAAAUUUCUGCCUAUGCUAUUCAAUGACAAUAUACAUGAACCCAGUAAAAUAGUUAUUAGUCAGUUGUUGGACAAUUUACUAAAAUGUAAAUUGGAAAAUACAUGUAAUAAUUUUGGAAUAGCACAAAAAAAAUCUUUAAAUUUAGUCUCAUCAACAAAUUCAUCACAGAAUGUAUUAAAAAAAAAUAAAUCUUAUAAUUCAAUUUUAAGAAAACGUGCUAAGAUAAUAUGUAAAAAUUUUAAUGUAUUGUCUGAAGACCUAAAGACUGAUUCUGAGAAAUGUUAUAUGAAACGUAGAAAAUGCAGCAUUGCAAAGAUGUUACUACAUUCUAAAAAGAAUACUGAGACAUCGACGUCAAACAAUGCAAAUGUUUUGGAAAAUGGUGCUGAAUCAAAUCACGGAUCAAGAUUAAAAGAUUUAGAAUCGCCACCGUUAAGUCCUUUAGCUGUUGGCUUAUCAGCUUCGAGUUCAAUGACAUGUGUAACAUCUGUGUCUAGCCCAGUUACCGAUACAUACUCAACGGUAAUUCAAAUAGAAAAUGAACAGGCUACUUUAAAACAAGAAGUACAAAAUCACAAACAUCUUGCAUCAUUAGAACUUCAUUCAAUAGCACUCGCACCAUUUGUGUCAAGUUCUUCAAGUGAAAUGUCGUUUGUUUCUAACACCGAUAUGGAGUUAUCAUCGGUUUCAAGUCCUAUAAAUGUAGUUUCUUCUGUAUCAAGUCCUAUAACGGUAGUUUCUUCAACACUUUCUAAAGUAUCAUCGACUGAAGCAAUAAGUAUCAAUAGUCUAUUAGCGUCACAAAGUUUAACUUUACAAACAGACAGAAAGUUGUUGUCAGCAUUUCGUGGACAACGUGUACGCAUUAACACUAAACUUAAAUCGGUACACUCAACAAAAAAUCAACAUUUAAAAUUAUUAUUAUCAAACUGUGAUGCAGCAAAAACCAGUCACAUUAUUAAGCAAAAUCCCCCCCAAAAUAUAAACGAUGUGAUAAAAACAGCAUCAGGUACAUUACUGACACAAUAUGUCAAAAUGAAGCCUGGUGGUAAGAGUGCUGUACAUAAAAAUGGAAUCAGCAAUGCUGGUCAAACGAUUUACAAGAAAAUUAUCUGUGGAAAUGCUGUUGGUAAUGUUAACAAGACAAUGCCUCAGUUAGCUGCUUCGUUACAAAGAACUUCUGCAGUAGAUCAAACUACUACAAAUUGUCAACUAGACAGACGGAAAACCAAAGUAAUUAAUAAUUUGUUGAAUAGUAAAGAUUUAAUAACUAGUCAACCUAAUAUACCAAUAUCACUGCCAGGUGUUAUUGUUCCUAAAAACACAACAUCUUUAAAUCAAUUUAAUAACCAUCAUCAGGUAAAUAUUGCACCAAGGUCGAGUAAUUCUAGUGUCUCAUCAUUUACUUGCCAAACAUUGAAUAACAUUAAACCGGCUAUAAUGGGUUCAAUAUCUACUGCAAAUAACACGGUGAAUGUAGGCUCAUUUCAAGUGAUAAAUAACAUAACACCCUCAGUUAUUGAUGGGUUUAGGGCAAUUAAGCGAAAACGGUCCACAUAGCAAUGAUGCAAAUAUUACGCAUGGAGUAUUUAACCAUAAUAGUAAGUUUUUAAUGACUUAUACAUCAUUAUUUAUUAUGUGCAAUACAUAUGCAUAAAUAUAUUUAAGUCAACUACGUGUAAUACAUAUUUGUAAAUGCUUAAAUGUAUAUAUCAUCAAUGUGUAUAUGUAAAACAAAAUGAUAAAAUCACUAUAUGAUUAUACUGUGUGUAGUAUAGGAAUAUAAGGUUAUUGUGAUUAUAUACCUAGCAUAUAAUAUUUUAAAUGUUAAAAUGUUAGGUAAAUGUGAAUAGUUAAAAUGUUCUUAGUAAAUUGUAUUUAUUUUUUUUAUUUGUUAAGUAGAAGAUUAUGGACCAAUACUUACCUGCUCGAUAAUAUAGUAACAUGUUUUUGUAUUGUUUAUUCUGAUUUUUUGUUUACUGCGUAUUUUAAAAACGCUUUAUGCAUUAUUUUAUACCAUGUACAUUUAUGCAAUAUUAUUACCGUUUUUGCAUUUAUUCUAAUUUAUUUUUGAAUAGUUUCAACUUGUAACUAAUGACAUUACCUCAUAUUCUUCUACGUGUUCAAAUACAUUAUCAGUAUUAAUUUUAAAUAAUAUUAGUAGUAUAUUGAAUUAUUAUUAUUCAUUAAUCUUAUUUGUGACUUGUGGAACUGCCCUUCGAACACGCAUAAAUGUUAUGUAUUUUUAAUAAUGACUGAUCUAGACUAAAGCAUCUGUUGUGAAAUGGUUUAUCACAUGAAUAGUACUAGUAAUAAUAAAAAUAAUAUAAUAUUGAUGUGAUAGAUCGCUAUGUGCAUUUAGUUUAUGUAUGUCUUAUUGUGAUAAUUAAUGUUGUUCAAUACAUAGAGAAACAAUAAUUGUUUUUCUAUUUAUUUUUUUUUUCUACUAAUGUUGACUCUAAGAAAUGAUAGAUUUGUAGUUUCUCUAUGUAUUAUAAUUUUAUUUGUGUCUAAUUUAAUUUUUUUAUAAUUAAUUUAAGAACAGCCGAACAAUUAAACGAUUCAAUAUUACUAGAUAAAAUAUCUAUAGUAUAUGUAUGUUUUAUUUUUGU